CUGGGUCAAUUUGUGCCACUCCACUAACAUGACCAAACAAUUCUGGGUAUGGAUUGUGUUUGCAUAUUGUGGAUAUAUUUUCUAGCAUCGAUGUACAGUCAUCAAUGUAAUGGGGAUAGAGUUCGGGGAUAGGGCCAGUGUACACCUGGAACACAAUGUAUCUCUCGUGUCUAUAUCUCUAGGCUGUGAAGAUCUUGGUGCAACUCUGUGAGGUUGGGCUUGGAGAACACCAAAUGACAGAGGGGAAAACUAGUGAUUGUGAAGAUGUUUGCUGGAGGUUCUACCUUGAGUGAAAUUCAGAACUGAGGAGAAAUUUGCUCUCAAUAUUGGACUUACUUUGACAAAUUGUAGUAGUUUGAUGAUCAUAUGCAGCUGAUUGGUGACCUCCUAAGUCCAACCUCCGCCAUGAUCUGAUGCAAUGAAUAUUAGUUUGAUCUAUCGGACCAACUACAGCAUGAACAGGCAAGAAUAUUCACCGUUCCAUUUAUUACAAAACUACAGAUUCUGUCAUUUGCCAUUAUCAUAGACAUUUCAAACAUCACACAGUCAUCUGCUUGAAUAUGUGUUACUGGAAACUAUUCUAACUUCAGUUGUGAAUAGCAUUAAUUAUACUUGUCUUUCUCCAGGGUGGUUAGCAUUCUGCAAAAGCUUUUCUCUUUACCUCACCAACGUGACUACACUGAACUAAACUGAAUUGAACUGGAAGGGACGUGAUUUAUUCCCAGAGGUUGUGAAGGUCUUGGUGCAAACUGUGCCGUUUGAUUUGGAGAAAACUGAAAGUUGCAGAAGAAAUUGGAUGAUGAUGAGGCUGGUGACUGGUGGGUUUACCUUGUGUGUGAAACUCAGGAGAUAAUUACACUCAAUAUUGGAAUAACUGAGUAAAUACAGCAUUUUAUUAUCACAUCUACUGGUUUGUGUUCUCCUCAACCCAAAACUCACAUUGUUUUAAACAGCCAAACCACCCAAAUCACAGUGACACAGAUGUUAGAGCUGCUGCCUGCCUCACAGUGCUGGAGACCAGGGUUCAAUCCUGACCUCGGGUGCUCUCUGGGUGGAGAUAGCACGCUCCCUGUGGCCACGAAUGAGUGGGGAUGUAGGUUACUGGACCUCCAUAAAUUGCCUGUAGUGUGUAGGGAGCGGAUGGGAAAGUGAGAGAACAGAACGAGUGUGGUCGGCACGGACAGAGGGGCUGAAGGGCAAGUUUCCAUGCUGUGUCUCAAAACUAAACUCAAUCAGAACAUCACUACAGAUACAAGAAGAUUGACACAUACUCAUCAUUACACAACAAUAGAUACUCUCAUUCCCCAAUGCCCUUGACAUUUGUUAUCCUCCAAUAACCUUUAGACAAUAGACAACAGGUGCAGGAGUAGAGGCCAUUCGGCCCUUCCAGCCAGCACCAUUCGCCAUUCAAUGUGAUCAUGGCUGAUCAUCCCCAAUCAGUACCCCAUUCCUGCCUUCUCCCCAUAUCCCCUGACUCCGCUAUCUUUAAGAGCCCUAUCUAGCUCUCUCUUGAAAGCAUCCAGAGAACCGGCCUCCACAGAGAAUUCCACAGACUCACAACUCUCUGUGAGAAAAAGUGUUUCCUGGUCUCUGUUCUAAAUGGCUUACUCCUUAUUCUUAAACUGUGUGGCCCCUGGUUCUGGACUCCCCCAACAUCGGGAACAUGUUUCCUGCCUCUAGCGUGUACAAGCCCUUAACAAUCUUAUAUGUUUCAAUGAGAUACCCUCUCAUCCUUCUAAACUCCAGAGUGUACAAGCCCAAGCGCUCCAUUCUCUCAGCAUAUGACAGUCCCGCCAUCCCGGGAAUUAACCUGGUGAACCUACGCUGGGCUCCCUCAAUAGCAAGAAUGUCCUUCCUCAAAUUAGGGGACCAAAACUGCACACAAUACUCCAGGUGUGGUCUCACCAGGGCCCUGUACAACUGCAGAAGGACCUCUUUGCUCCUAGACUCGACUCCUCUUGUUAUAAAGGCCAACAUGCCAUUGGCUUUCUUCACUGCCUGCUGUACCUGCAUGCUUACUUUCAUAGACUGAUGAACAAGGACCCCCAGAUCCCGUUGUACUUCCCCUUUUCCCCCUUCCCAUUUAGAAAGAUGAGGUUCCAUGUCUCAAGGCAUCCAAUGCAUGUUUGAGCUCAGUAAAUUCCCAUUUUCCUUUGCCGAAUAAGGUUUGACAAGAUGUGUUUUACACUGACACAAACACUUUCAACAGAAGUGAUGUCUGAACCCUGAGCAGGAGAGGAAGAGGAAGGUCCUGUAGUUUCAUAAGACACAGCGUGAGACUGGGGAAGUCAGUGUGUCACCGUGCUUGGAGCUUUGCUGCCCAGUCUCUGGACUCGUUCACCAUCAGUCUCUUCCCACAAGAGAAUGUACAAAAUGAGGCCGAGGCUUCUCUGCAGCAGUUUGCCAGCUGGUUUGAUGUUCAGUGUCUUUGUUUUCCUGCUUCGACCAGUUUCCACACAGAAAAACAGAAAUCAAAUGUAUUUCUCGGAUAAUGGAGACGAGAUUGUGUUAAACGGACCGGCCAAUGCUGAGAAAAACACUGUUUUUGUCUGGGAAUGGAAUCCACACUCAGGGAAGGAAAUCAGAAUAUUGACGACUGUUAGAAGAACGGGGGGCUAUUGGAUCAAUGAGAAGAUCGAUGGCAACUUGUACCCGGAGAUGAAAGUGAAUACCAGUACCCUUGAUCUAACAAUUGAUAAACCCACAUUUAAAUUGGCGGGAAUUUUCACUUUGACUCAAACAGAACCGAUAAAGCAAAUCCUGAAACAAUAUGAAAUAUUUGGGAUGAAAGUUGAGGCAAGUCCACAGAGGCCUCUGCUGGGCAGUGACGUUACACUCAGCUGCACCAUCUCCAGACUCUCAGAUACAGUCAGUCUUCACUGGAGACCCAUGGACUCAUCCCAGCAGAACAGGAGCAACACUGAUCAGAUCCGCCUGGAUAACACGGUCUAUCUGAUGGUUCGACACGUUACAGUGGAGGAUGGGAAUCUGUAUGUGUGUGAAGUGCGGGAAAACGGAAACAUUCUUCACACAAGUAACGGAGGUUUUACUGUAGACAAGUGUAAGUGUGUACACCUCCCAUUGGGUAUCAAGUAGACACUUGUAUCACGGUGCUUCUUGUAAUAUUAUGUGUGCGCUCCGUGAAGAACUGUGGCAGUGACCAACUGCUCUCCAGUAUAAAAUGCUGCAAUGAUCAGGGAGAAGUUUCCAGAAAGUCUCUGUGUGGAGCAGCUGGCUGCUUGUCUUUGUGUGACAGACACAGAGCACAGGAGGGAGAGGUCUUUCUGUAAGCAUUGUUCAGUAAAGUAUUUUAUCAGUUUAUCUUGCCAUCAAUGCUCCAGUAUCUGAGACUGAGAUACAGGGCUCAUCUUGCCAUCAAUGCUCCAGUAUCUGAGACUGAGAUACUGAUACAUGACUCAUCUUGUCAUCAAUGCUCCAGUAUCUGAGACUGAGAUACUAUACAGGACUCACGUCAAAGUGUCAGAUAGAAAGUGUAGUCACCAGCACUUGCUGCUCACUCACACACUGGGGGUCCCGACCCACACAUCAACACUGAACAAUAAUCCAUCCCCUCUCCACACACUGACCCUUCUCUACGAGUCUGGUGUUGCUUGAAGUGAUUCCAGCUGCUGCAGACUCGGGCUUGGGAUCAGCAUUCAGCUGGGAGCAGGACCCGGGAACAGGGAAGGACAGGGAAUCAAUGGAUGUGAAUGGGAGAGAGGUGGUGGGAAUAAUGGGAAUGAGCCGAUCCACUUGAAGUGCCAACGUGUCCGGGUCAGUCCCCGUGGGCUGCUUCUGUCCACAGCCUGGACCUGAACCUGAACCCGAACCUGAACCUGAAACUGAACCCGAACCUGAACCUGAACCUGAA